GGUCCAGAUCAUCAGAGAAUCAACUGCAGAACUAUGCUGUCAAUACACAUAGGGGCGGCAUAUCCAGUGACAAUAAUGAGUUCCAGAACACUAUACCACAUCACAAGUCCGGAAAGCAAUGUGGAGUUUGGGUUCGGAAUGACAAUGGCGGAUAUUUUGCUUCACCAAAUUACCCAAAUGCUUACCCUCCCAAUAGAGAAUGUAUCUACAUACUGGAAGCAGCCCAACGCCAGCGAAUUGAACUCACUUUUGAUGAACCUUAUAGCAUUGAACCUUCAUGGGAUUGUCGAUUUGAUCACUUGGAAGUCAGAGAUGGACCAUUUGGAUUCUCUCGUGUGAUAAACCGUUACUGUGGUCAAAAAAGCCCAUCGCUCAUUAAGUCAUCUGGGAGGUUCUUGUGGAUAAAAUUUACCUCAGAUGAGGAGUUGGAAGGUUUUGGAUUUCGAGCAAAAUACUCUUUUGUACCAGAUCCUGACUUUAUCUACCUUGGUGGAAUCUUGAAUCCCAUUCCAGAUUGUCAGUUUGAACUGUCAGGGCCUGAUGGGAUUAUUCACUCGAGUCAAGUAGAACAAGAGGAGAAAAUAAAACCUGGAGAAGCAAUUGACUGCAUCUGGACAAUAAGAGCUCCACCCAAAGCAAAAGUAGGUUAUGUUUGUGCUUCUCAGAUGUCAAG